GCAACCUAACUAGAACUUUUGAAUCAAAUCUGAAUGGGAACAAGUUCGCUCGUUUACGACUUAUAAGACACAACGCCGGACGCUGUGAGACUCCCGCUACCGUCUCUCCCCCUAACGUUCUCCGCGAUACACACGCCGUGUCUCUUUUGACCACCACAUCUAUCUCAAACAGUGCUAGAGUUGACACGGUCGUCCAGGAGAUUCCCAACGUACGCUUGAUCUGAUCACAGCCGCCCGUUUUGCUUUGGUCAGAACGUUCACCCGCAUCUUUCCCUCCCAAGCCCAUCUCUUUCCCUUCGUUCGUUAUAUCUUUGGCCUCCCCGCUUCGCCUAGCGAACGGUACGAGAUCUUCAUUCGUUCCCCCACUUCUGGAGUACAACGCUUCUCUAUAAUUCUUUUCGCUGCUAGACAGUCAUUUUCUUCUUUCCUGGAUCUUGUUUCCUUAAGACCGAAUCAUGGCCACCAUGCCGAAAUCAUCCCUCUUCGAGGGUCCUCGCUUUGGCCAGCCUCUGACACCGCCGGAUACCGACGUUGACUACUCUAAUCAUCUCCAUGCUUCAGGUCAGACUUCGAUGGGACUCGGUAUUGACGUGGACCCUCCACCCUCGCACAUAUCGCCCUCUGCGACAGAGGUUCCUCUUAACCAUCAACCUCGAAAGCCUUCGGUUGCAUACAUUAAUUCUGGUCUUCGCGAAUCUCGUGAGCGGACUAUUCAUCGUGGGCUAAAAUGGCUCGUCGUCGUCGUGCCUCCACCGUCGUUUGCCCAAGAGCACGGUCAUCUCGGUCAUACGUUGUCUACAGGUCCUACACAUAGACUAUCACAGGGCAUAUUAAUGCCACUAUUUCCUACGAUGAGCAGUCAGCUUACGGCUAUUGCACGGGAGUUUAGUUUCCCAAGCACCGCUGGUCUUUGUCUCUAUCUGCAUACGGUACAGGCGGGAUUGUCCGUGACGCCUCGAGUCUCCGAUGAAUCAUGGUCCUUACUGUGGUCACAUCUCUUUGACCCCCGAAGCCCUGCUCCUGCACCAUCUCAGAUACCUAUUGGCGGUCGACUUGAGUUCGACAUUGACUUACGCAAGGCGCGCUGGUAUGACUCCUGGCUGUCGAUCCCGCGUCGUGAGAUGCUUGAUGUUCCCGUAUCUGUCUCGCCAUCACGUCCACAGACACUAUCACACUUUCGAGGUGACAGCAGAACAACUUUUGCAGAUGACCAAGGCGAUGACCAACUUGAAACGAUAUCAUUGAUGCAGCAGGCGAAGUCUAGGGUGAACAGACACGUUCCUAGGAAGCUUUCCCUGCUUGACCGUUUCGACGUUGCUUCGUUGAGGUCAGGAUCAAAGCUGAAUCCUCGGCACCAUUCCCCACCCAGUCCUACAGCACGUUCAGCCAAUCUCCAAGCGUUAUCUCCAAUUGUCCAGGAGGAUUCGCCUCUCAACAACAGGAGCCAGUUAGACCAAUUGGUCACGUCAUGGCGUGCGGCUUCUAGGACUGCACCCAGUCCGUUGGCUGCCACAGGUCAAACCAGCCUUGAUCCCGCGAACUUGCCUAAUACCUUCCCAUUAGACGAGACUUCACCUCCUGACAGUGAGCCUAGCUCGGAGAUUAACCUCGCUGACUAUACUUGGUCUAUCUCUUCCGUCGGUCCUCCAGAGUACGAUGAUGACCUGGAGUCAAUCGCCUCCUGGGAUCGAGUACCUUCUGUUCAUCUGGACCGUCGUAUGGAAGGUUCAGUCUUGCUGACGCCUACAACGGUUACAUCACUAGCUUUAUGGGAUGUUGACUGGGACUACUCUCCAGUUUCCAACGUUGACAGACUUCCUUCCCCCGAUAUCGCCGGACGCAUGAUUGAAGAUUGUCCUCCUACGCCUUCAACGUGUACAUCAUUGGCUUUAUGGGAUGUUGACUGGGAGUAUUCCCCAGUUUCCAACAUUGAAAGGCUCCCAUCUCCAGACAUAGCUGGAAGGUUGAUCGAGGACUGCCCUCCUACACCGUCGACGUGUACCUCUUGGGGACCACCGGAGUCAUAUCCGCCUAGUCCCAUGACUCCUUACUACGUUCGUUCACCGGAUGCCGGCGAACGUAUGUUCGACAUCGACGAUGAUUUCCCUCAAAUGGCUAACGGCGGACCAUGGCAUUUCGUUUGGCCUUACCAUGCUUCAGAUAGUGAUGAUCAGGAUGCCCUUUCGAAUGAUAUGUCGGUGUAUGAGACGGAAGAAACAACGCCCUGGGCUCAAGUGUGGCCGUACAAUGCUGAUCGAGCCAGCCAGAGUGCGCCGUGUCAUGUAUACACCGUUGAAUAUCCUCACUUCAACCUGUAUCCCGCCGUUCGUCCACAAGAACAUAUUGUGGAUGCAGUGACUGUACACUUGAAUCACGGAUAUCCUUCCGUUAUCAUCUAUCCCGCAGUGUACCCUCAUUUCGACAUCUACGGACCCGCGGUGCAGGUCACUCCCAAAGAGGAGUCUCAUUCUGCGGCUCCUGUUAUCCCUAUCGGACUCUCGUCUCAGUAUCCCGCUUUCGACAUCUAUCCGGCCAUCUACCCUUGGAACCUUGGAUCAAUUUACCCUUCGAUCAAAGCUAGUGAUGCAGAGUCGUCACUCUCAGUUACCCUUCUCGCAACAUACCCUUCGCUUUCAAUCUAUUCUCCUGUCUACCCAUUUAACUUGGAUGAAAUCUAUCCCGCUCGGUCGAUACACAGGCUUCGCUCACAGUCGGAAACUAAAUCAACUGAGAAAACAUCGACAGUACCAGUACACUUGUCAUCUCAGUAUCCUAUAAUUCAGCCCUAUCCCCCUGUAUAUCCUCAUAAUCUCGAUACCGUCUAUCCUGCGGUAUCUGCUAACGGUGCUUCACGCAAUUCACGGAACGUUCAAAUUGGUUUACCGGUGCUAAUUGCGGUGCUAUAUCCGGCCUUCGACAUCUAUCCCGCUGUGUACCCAUGGAGUCUCGAGACAAUCUAUCCUUCUACUACGGUUCCUCUUUCCAGCCAGAGUACUAAAGACUUGAAAGGCGUUCCAAUAAGGUUGACUGCACAGUACCCAUUGUUCGACAUCUACCCUGCUGUUUACCCAGCCAGCUUGCAAAGUGUCUAUCCCACGUCUGGCAAGCAAGCCACCCAUGAUGGUCUCUCGAUUUCGUUGCCAUCUUCUUAUCCAGUUUUGACGAUCUACCCUAACGUGUAUCCAUACAACCUGGAGAUGAUCUAUCCCGGUCUGAAAGAAGUCGAGCCUCCCAAGUCUCUUGCUCGUCUUUCCAUACCAAAGCGACCUACCAUCUCUGUUGCAGUCGCCGGUCUCUCUUCCCCAUAUGCAAGAAAAGAUCGCAGCCGCGAUCAAUCGUCGCAGUCUCGGUCCUCAUCGGCAUUGUCUUCUCGUUUAUCAGCACUCCCUCCUGUUCCGCCUUUGCCUGCGAAUGUACAGCGAUUAAGACCAAUCUCUCCUAUGUCAGGUUUGCCACUAGGACGGUGGCCGAGGUUGCGCCAAUCCAUGCACUUAGAGAUUGUGUACCCUGCAAUUCAGCCUUACCCACCUGUGUAUCCUUAUUUCUCCAUUUAUCCGGAGGCGGCAGGUUCCCCCGAUUCGAGUCAAGAAAGAAACAUUUCUGUGUCUCUCGCAGGCUUUUAUCCUACUUUCGUUCUCUAUCCACCUGUCUAUCCACAUCUAGAGAUAUAUCCAUCUAUGGUUGAGGCUCAAGUACCGGGAAAUGCUAAUCACCGUGAACGAUUUGGGGCACAGUCUGCGGGUAUUCGGAAGCCAAGAAAUACACAUCUCGAUCACCAUAUCCAGGCGUUUGGGAAGCCCGAGCUUGUCGCUCAAACUGAUGACAUAGUCGUGGCACCGGCCAAGAGCGUUCGCAGACCUAGAUAUACUCACCUAGAUCUCCACGUGCAGGUGUUCGGAAAGCAGAAUUCCCCAUCUCGACGAGAGUUACCUUCACCGCCGCAGGCCACAACAGUACCUCGCAGCGUUGCGUCGCCUCCAGCUCCACCCCCACUUCGCUCUCGCCCACGUUCGGGGACCGUUAGCAACAGACCCUCGUUGCCGAGUCCACCUAUGAAUGGUUCUCCCUCCAGACCGGUCAGGCAACUUCCUAUCGCACCAACAGAAAGUUCACCCACUCCAAGUCCUCCUGCUUUGCGAACUUACGGACUUCCAUCUACACCUUCGCAGAACCUGAGACGGACCCCAAGUAUCAACCGGUCAAACGCUUCAUUCUCGCCAUUCCCUAGCGUACCAGAACCUGAAGCAAUGUCUAGUACGAAGCUCAACUCCGCUUCGCCUGUCCGUUCGGUGACCACUUCUCCUUUGCCUGUGACCCCAGAGUCCGCUGAGGCACCCCAGUCAUUCCGACACUCCAUAUAUGGUCCCACUGUUAGACCGGUGCCUCAGCCGGGCUCGAAUAUGAUGUCUUCUCCGUCUCUUGUUCGCACAAAGACUCUACCACCAAGGCAAUUACCGCGUCGCCAAGGAAGCAUUCAAAUGAGAGCCCAGACCUAUGAAGCGGGUGCAAGUGGGUUUGAACGUUUGGAAACGCCUGAUGAGCCACCCAUGCGGCUGACGAUGUCGUCUCUCGCUCAGUUCCCAACCCCACCUCGACCAUCACAACCAGUGAGGCCAGGGCCCAAAUUUGACCGUGUCAUUUGAGUUUCUCUUCGCUUACCUUCAUAGCUCUGCAAUCCAUCUGCUUUUAUUUAUGUUGUCGUAUCAUAGCUACCGCAUUUCAUGUUCUGAGUAAACAUUGUGUGACAUGAUUGGGAAUACAUUGAAUCUUGCAGAGUGUAAGCAUAAAAUGACCUCUAAAAAUACAGAAUAUGGUCGUAAAUCAAUCCUCGAGGUCGCUCAAUGAUUCGUAGAACCCGGCAUUCUUGCUGUCGCAGGUGGAGACGGAGAAGUUGGUACAGAUGUCCGCCUAGCAGCGCGUGCGCUCAGGAUCUCCUGUUCCCGGCGAUCAUGCCACGCUUUCGACUUGCGAUCGUCAAUGAAUGCUUGUUUCACCUAGAUAAUGUCACUCAUCAAACUCUGGGAUACUAAUGCACUAUAAAUGAUUGUACAGUACC